CCGCUUAUGGCGCUGCAAACCUCACUCGAUUAUCUCCGUCAUAACCCGUCCCUCCCCGCCGCCGCCACGCUCCGUAUAAAUACCGACACCGAAUCGCGCCAGUGCAAUUUGUUUUCGUGUUGACGGACUUUGUCGAGGCGUCGUCGCUUGUAAUUGUCGGGUAACGUUCAAAUUACGUUGUUGUCUUAAUCCUCUUAUUAUUCCUCUAUCACUGGUGUCAAGGAAUAAUUAACAGCAAUAAUGCAAAUGAAUCGAGAGAAAUAAUUUCCAGCCUUGAUGAAAGCAAAAAUAAGAAUUACGGGCAACAGACAAAGAAAAACAAUGAAAUCCUAUACACAUAAACUGAAUCAGAUUUUAAUGAAAGUACCAUUUAAAUGAAGAGACAUUUUGAAAGAAAGAAUUUUGAGGAAUUUUGGGGUGAAAAAAAAGCAAAAAACAAAAAACAGCUGCGGGAUUUAAUCAAACAGAACAACAAAAAGAACAGCUCAAGAACAUAAGUGAAAAAUAACGAAAGCAAUGAUUGAAUACCAUACAAAAACUUAAGAUAUUCACAAAGCAUUUUGUAAAACAGCAGUGUCCAUGACUUUUAUAUAGAUUUAAGACAUCUUUGAAAUCAUCUGACCUUUCAUAUCAUUAAGUUAAUAAAAACUACAACAAUAAAGGCUGUAUAUGUUUGUGUAGGAGAAGAAAAAUUUAUAUUCAACUCAAUAAUAAAAUUUAUAGUAUUUGAAAUGGAUAACUCCCGAAAUUUGAAUAUGUACUCCACGAAACAUGUUAAUAAUAAGAAUACAGAUCAAGAAACCAAAAGUAAAGACAAGUCAAUAGCCGAGAAGAACUAUUCCAAACUUAACAGUAACAAUUUGUACAAACAAAAGAAUUUGAUUCCGCAGAAACCUGCAAACACUUGGUUCAAUAUGAAUGCCGUGAAGACCCUGCCCCUUACAGAAAGUAAUUUCGUUGGUCGAAGAGAUGUGUCUGAUCCAAACACUCUACAAGAAAUUCGGAUUACUAGUGCCAAAGGAACUGUUCGGGGCUAUAAGAAUAGAGUCCGUGCCGGUAUAGUGACAUUUCUCAAAGAACAAAGUGAUGGAGAGUGGAACUACCUUAAGUGUGAAAAGGGUAAAAUCAUUGUCUACAUGACAAGCAUGAGAGUUGUGAGACAAACAUACGACCGCUGCCAGAUUGUACAGAAAAUUCUACAGACCCAUUUAGUGAAAUAUGAAGAGAGAGAUCUAUUUAUGAGCAGAGAAAAUCAAAGAGAGCUACGUGAAAGACUUGGCAAGAGUGAUGUAACAAUUCCACAAGUCUUUGCUGAUGGCCUAAAUUUAGGGACUGCAGAAACCUUAGAAGUUCUAAAUGAAUCUGGAGAAUUAAGAGAGAUUUUGAAAAGCUUUGAGAAAAUUACAGUGCAAACAGAGUGUUCAAAAUGUGGUGGAUAUAAUUAUGUCCCAUGCUCAGUGUGUCAUGGAAGCAAGCGCUCCAUCCAUCGGAAUAAUUUCACAGAAGAAUUUGCAGAACUCCGCUGUGUUUAUUGUGACGAAAACGGACUUUUAAAGUGUGAUCAUUGCCUAAAUAAUGAAUAGACGACUGGUCACAAAUUGGUUUCGAAAUAUCCCUA